AUGCCACAAGAUCUUCAACUCCACAUCUUCGUGGACGCCAGCGAAGAUGCCUUUGUCGCCAUAUCGUAUUGGCGUACCACGAAUUCAGCUGGCGAAAUAGAAGUCGCCUUCGUAUGCUCCAAAGCUAAAUGUGCACCCCUGAAGCCAAUCAAGGUCCCGCGUCUCGAACUCCAAGUAGCCAUUCUGGGUACUCGUCUGAUGCAGACGUUACGAGAGGAGCAUGCAGUCAAAGCAUCCAGCUGUAUCCUCUGGUCAGACUCAAAAACGGUUGUGAAGUGGAUUAAGAGCGAACACCGCCGAUACAAGCCAUUUGUGGCGCAUCGUGUAGCAGAAAUUCUGUCUGCAACGACGCCUUCAAAUUGGAUAUGGCUCUCUACGGCUGAGAAUGUUGCUGAUGAGGCGACCCGAGCAAAGAGCCGUCACGAAUAUUGUUCCACGUCACUUUGGCUAUGUGGCCCGAAAUUUCUUCUCAGCAAUGAAGUGGACUGGCCAAAAGAAGCUGGAUUCAACGACCAGAGCUUGAAAGAUGAAGAAGAGCUGAGCCCGAAAUUCGCCCGGUUGGUUGUGAGUAAUAGACCUGAUGAUAUUAAUCGUUUUUCGUCGUUUAAUAAACUCGUGAGAACUACUGCUUGGGUGCUGCGAUUCACGAAGAGAUGUCGUUGUGGCCGACGUGCUUGGCAUGCUGAGCAGUGGGGUUUGAUAUCGGAAGAGGUGGACGCAUCAAAAAAGCUUCUUUUUCGUCAUUUCCAAGAAGAAGCAUUUGCCCUCGAUCUCCAGAGUAUCGCAGAUGGCAUUCCUAUCCCACUAACCUGCGAUCUAUACCAGUUGUCGCCAUACAAAGACGAAGACAAUGUGCUGCGAGUUAAUGGUCGCAUAGAUGCUGCGAGUUGGUUGCCGUUUAGUACGAAACGUCCAGUUAUAUCGCCAUCCAAUCACGCUCUUACAAAAUUGUUGGUACAACAUCACGCUGUUCUUAAACACCAGAACACCGAAGCAACAAUUUGUGAAAUUCGAAGAACCUACUGGAUUCCACGCCUACGUCAACUUCUCCGGAAGAUUAUAGCCGAUUGCCUCGUUUGUCGUAUAAAUAAAGCUGCACCAGUUACCUCACUUAUGGGACCGCUGCCAGUGGAUCACCUUGAGCCCUUUGUGCGACCAUUUACAUACACUGGCUUAGAUUACUUCGGCCCUAUUAUGGUCACUAUAGGACGCCGGCAAGAAAAGAGGUGGGUGGCGCUCUUCACUUGCUUGACGGUAAGAGCCGUCCACCUAGAGUUGGCUUACGUCUUGAGUACGGAUGCAUGUAUCAUCGCAAUUCGAAAUUGCAUCAACCGGCGCGGCGUGCCAGUAAGGUUACGUUCGGACAACGGGAAGAAUUUCGUCGGAGCAAACGAAGAGGCCAAUAAGUUUUCUGAGGUUUUCGACUGCGAAAGGGUACAGAAUGAACUAGCGUCGAAGGGUAUUCAAUGGAGGUUUAACUGCCCUGUCAAUACAUCAGAAGGAGGCGUAUGGGAGAGAAUGGUGCAGUGCGUAAAAGGAGUUUUACGGAACGCUUAA